AUGCACCCAAAAGUGCACUGGCGAUUUAUGGCGACAGAGCGUGAUGCAAAUGUGAGCAUGGGCGAUCCCGCGGAGGACGAAGCGCAGCGGUUCCUCAACAUGGGCACCAAGGCACUGGAAGUGGGUGACUUGGAGAAGGCAAUGGGAGAAUAUCGUAACAGUAUCCGCGCACAUGAGAAUGCGUCUGCGUACUACAAUCUAGGCGUGUGUCAGUACCAGGAGCGCGACCUAGAAGGUGCGAUUGCGUCAUGGAAUGAUGCGCUGCGCCUUGCCCCUGAGAGUCCUGAUGUGCACACAAAUUUGGCUUCUGCGUACAUUAUGUCCAUGCCCAGUCGGGCGGACCUUGCCGUGGAGCAUUUGCGCACCGCUGCAGCACAGAGCCCCGGCGACCCCGAGAUCCACUUUAACCUCGGCGCCGUGCUCGAAGCAUGCGAAAUGCUAGAAGAAGCACUGGUCGAGUACCAACGCGCCGUAGAGGGUGGUAUUGAUCGUGCCAAGGAAAAUGUGCGCAACUGCAUGGCGAAACUGAUGACUGCAAAACUGGCGGUUGAAAAGCAUGAGAAGGAGGGCGGCAAAAACGAUGCAUAA